GUUUACAUAUGCUCAAUUUAUUCAAGUUAUGUAUACCUCGAAUAAGUGUAUCAUAUUUAUUCUCACCCGUUUACACCUAUUUUCACGUGAAUAAAUCCACCUAUAGCUAUAGAUCUCCGUAAUGUAAACCCGCCAUAAAAAGUCUCAGAGUGAAAAGGUGAAAACAGUGUCCUUCGAAGUUCAAACAUUAAUUUUAGCAAAUAUCAGUAAAAAGUUUCAAAAAGCAACAUCGCAAAAACGUAAACUAAUUGCUGCCGUGCGUUGGGAUUGUUAUUGGGAGUCAAAACAAAGAAACGACUUAGGAGCGAAAGUAUUUACUUCCUGGUGACGCAGAACUAUUAACGCAACUAAAAUACUGUGAUUCGGAACCGAAACAUUAGCAUGUAAGAAUGGGAAAGCUCAGCGUGUGGUACGCAUAUCUAGUCGGCAUAACUAUAGCUGCCGCUUACAAGCCUGUGGUUAUCAUCCAUGGAAUCCUGACCGGGGCCGACAGUAUGCUGGUGAUCAUGGAAGAAAUCGAGAGGCAUCAUCCUGGCACGAUAAUGUACAAUACCGAUCGCUUCGGUGGAUGGUCAAGUUUGGAGAAUGCGUGGCAUCAAGUUUUUGAAUUCAAUGAUGACUUGCAGCAGAUUUGCAAAGACCAUCCAGACGGGGUGAUACUGCUGGGAUACUCUCAAGGGGGAUUACUGGCGCGGGCUGUACUGCAAACCUAUCCCAAUCACUGUGUGAAGAAGCUAAUCUCACUAAGCUCUCCCCAAGCCGGACAGUAUGGAACCGAAUUCUUGCAUCUCAUCUUUCCCUCCCUUGUGGCCAGAACGGCAUAUCAGCUAUUCUACACGUACGUGGGCCAACACACCUCGGUUGGAAACUACUGGAACGAUCCCCACCAGCAGGAUCUUUUCGAGCAGUUCAGCAUUUUUCUGCCUUACGUGAACAACGAUCUGCCAUCCACGAAUUCCACCGUGUUCCGGGAAUCCUUGCUGAAACUGGAUGAGCUGAUUCUCAUUGGUGGACCAGAUGAUGGGGUGAUUACUCCCUGGGAGUCUAGUCAUUUUGGGUAUUACAAUCGAACAGACGAUGUGAUUCCAUGCAAACAGCGGAAAAUAUAUCUCGAGGAUCGCAUUGGACUGAAAACGCUGGAUGAGAGUGGUCGGCUGAAGCUGGUUACAAUGGCCGGCGUGAGGCAUACUGAUUGGCACAUGAAUGUAAAAGUAAUACGUAAAGUGGUGCUGCCCUAUCUGGACUGAGGUAAUGUGAUAAUAGUGAUUAAGAAUAAAUGAGACAACCAUGAUUGAUUAUUGAUGAAUGAUACGUAGAAAAAGCAUUGCUCUCAGAUGUGCUUAUUUCUUGAAUGAAUAAAUUUUUUGGUGCAUUCAA